GCUAAAUUCUUCGUUUGGAGGGGCGUAGUCUUACAGUGAGUACUCCAUGUCGGGAGGAGCUUAUAAAAGAGUUCUAGGAAAGUCGGGUAAUGUCAGUGUGUUCAGAUUUUUUUCAUGUUACCGCAAUAAGUGUGCUGAUAUGUAUUUUUUCAAGAGAGCCAUUGUUGUAAUUUCCUUCUUCGUUUCUGCGACGUUAGGAGGAGUUCUGGUGGAGCAACCUGGUCACGCUAUUAGUUAUGCACCAAAACAUACAGUGGACUAUUACUCACCCCCGAAAUAUUCCUUCAAGUACGGCGUCUCAGAUCCGCAUACUGGCGACCACAAGAGUCAGCAGGAGAGUAGAGUUGGAGAUGUUGUCAAAGGUCAAUAUUCCCUGGUAGAACCCGAUGGUAGCGUAAGAGUAGUUGACUACACGGCUGAUCCAGUGAACGGUUUCAACGCUGUGGUAUCAAAAUCAGCGCCAUCCAUCCACAUACCCACGAAGCAUCAUGUUGAAGUAGUACCAGCAGUUGUAAGAAAGUUGGUACCUGUAGCCAAACCUGUGGUACCUAUAGUCAAAUCGGUACCUGUGGUACCAUAUAGUCAUGCGGUACCUUCUUACCAGAGCGCGAUAGUUGGGCACCCAGUAGGAAAAGUUGUCUACUCGAAUGACAUUGGACAUGAUCAGUACUACCAGGACUACCAAGAUGCAGCCUACGCCUAUCCUCAGUAUGACUUGGAAUCUUACUACGACAAUCACAAUCAAGCACACUAUUGAGAAUUUCACGAAACUGAAAAAUGUAUUGCUUAGAUUUCUUUAAAUUGAGACCAAAAAUAUUUUUAUAUGUUCUGUACAGUUAAGAAAAAUGUUAAAAAAUCGUUAUUAUACUGGUAAGACGUACCUGAGAUUCUUUUUCAACCUUUUGAGCAGAUUUUGAUAUUGAAGCGUAAUAAAACCAAUGUUGAAUAUGUAGAUCGAGGAAUCAACAGUUGAAAAUAUUAUAGUCCCGUUUUAAAGUUCAAUGUUUCUCCUUAAAAACUUUCAACCGCAUUUCCCGAAUACCUUGAAUGUUUUUUAUAG